AUGUUCGCAUUUGUAACCGGCGAGUAUUCCACCCGUUCCCUCACUCUGGCCCGAUGCGUUCUCGUGCUAUGGGUUUUGAUGAUCCCGGUGUGUGCGAUGUGGGCGUUCAUCGAACCAAUACUCCUCGCAUUUGGCCAGUCUGUGGUGUUGGCGAAGGACGUGCAGAAGUUCUUACGUGAUUUGUUUCUGGGUGCUCCUGCUUACGUCGGUUUUGAGAGCUUGAAGAAAUAUCUUCAAUGCCAAGGGAUUAUGAGCGCCUCGACGAGAGUCCUCAUCAUCGUCUUCCCAAUCAGCCUUGUCCUGGACAUCGUGCUCAUCCACUACACACCUCUUGGACUCUUCGGCGUGCCUCUAGCUGUCUCUAUCACUUACUGGCUCUGCUUCGUCUCUCUUGGGAUCUUCACGUGCUUCUCCGACGCUCACAAGCAAAAUGGCACCUGGGGUGGGAUCCAGAUCGUUGCUGUCCUCGAUUUCCAGAGCUGUUAUGAAUUCCUGAAGUUGACUCUUCCUGGAAUUCUUAUGGUUGGCACGGAAUGGGCCGCUUUCGAGAUCGUGGCAUUAGCCGCAGGUCGUCUCGGCGAAAUCCCACUUGCCGCCCAGUCCGUAAUCAUGACUACAGACCAGAUCCUGAAUACCCCUCCGUUCGGGAUCGGAGUGGCCACUUCCACUCGUGUUGGGAAUCUCCUCGGUUCUCGAAGUCCCACUAGAGCGAAAGUUGCCGCUCAUUCGGCUGCUCUUCUGAGCGUCAUCGUCGGUCUUGUUGUCAUGACCUCUAUGAUGCUUGCGAAGGACGUCUUCGGUCUCUUGUUCAGCGACGAUAAGGAGGUCGCCUCGCUCGUGAGCAAGGUGACGCCGCUGGUCGCUUCCUUCCAAGUCGCCGACGGCCUCGCUGGGUCUUGCGGUGGAGUCCUUCGUGGUCAAGGCCGCCAGCACCUUGGCGCUCUCUUCAACCUCGUCGCGUACUACGUCCUCGCCCUCCCGAUGGGCUUUGCCUUGGCUUUCCACCCUAAGUUCGACCUAGGCUUGCAAGGUCUUUGGAUUGGCCAAGUCGUCGCCCUCUUCAUUGUUGGGAUCGGCGAGUACUGCGUUGUGUGGCUCGGUACAGACUGGGAACUGGAAGUCAAGAAGGGCAUCGAGAGGAAUCGCGAAGAAGCGAAGCGUCGCGCAGAAACAACUAGCAAUCUCUGA